GAGUAGAGAGUGUCUGUGACAGGGAGGGAGAGUGAAGGAGAGAGUGAGAGAGAGAGAGAGAGAGAGAGAGAAAGAGAUUUAUCACAGUAGCUGAAACUUGCUGUGUGUAGUUUACAAGAACUUGGACCAGGAGGGAGUCACACGCACCAACCCUCCCCAAAAGCCUUCAACUGGUGGAAACUCUGACAGGAGUAGAAGGCCCAUAAACGAGUGAGUGCUGCUCUGCGCCAGGCUUCUGCACCUCCACUCCACACCAGUCUCUUCCCUUUCAGCCACUCCUGCUGAUCUCCUCGCGCACAGACCUUACGGCAACUUGAACCAGGAUGGGUGAAGACUCCACCCGCGCCGAGGAGCGCAGCUCCGCCAACCUGCCCUUCUUCGCCGCCAGCUCACCGGCGGCGCGUCCGGACGGCCAGGAGCCGCCGCUGCUUGUCCCCAGCUUCAGCCCCAACUCGGCGCCCGCGUCCCCAGUCAGCACGCUCUCGCGCCUGGGUCUAAGGGGGCUGCCGAGCCCAGGGAGCCCGACGUCGCCGACCGGCGGCCAGGUGAGCGCCAUCACGGUGGUGGCGCUGCUGGACAAGCUGGUGGCCAUGAUGGAGUCGGUGCAGGAGAACCAGCGGCGGGCGGAGAAGCGGCAAGUCGAGCUGGAGGCGGUGGUGCGCGGCGUGCAGGGCGAUGUGACACGGCUGGCCAAGAGCCACAGCGGCACGGCCAACAGCGUCAGCAAGCUCCUGGAGCGCUCGCGUAAGACGGGCGGCAACGUCAAGGAGGUGCGCGAGAGGCUGGACCGCCAGAGCAUCCAGGUGAAGAGGCUGGAGGCCAACCACGCCCACCUGCUCAAGAGAAACCACUUCAAAGUAAUCAUCUUCCAGGAGGACAAUGAGAUCCCCUCCACGCUCCUCAUGAAGGACCCAGCAUCCACCUCCGCUUCUCUCCACGAGGUCGGGGAGGCACACCUUUCCUCCCCGACCGACUGCAACGGCUCUCACGAGGAGGGCCUGCAGACCAUCAGCCUCACUUCUGACGAGGACGAGGCGGAGGCGGUGGUGGCCGGAACCAGCCUUUCCAGCCCCCGCAGCGAGGUCAGGGGCGAGCUGCCCCUGGACGAGGAGGAGGACGACGGCCUGCCGUCCCUCGGCUCUGAGCGUCAGGAGCGCUCGCGGGCCGAGAAGCUGAAGCGCUCCAGCCUGAAGAAGGUGGACAGCCUGAAGAAGGCCUUCUCGCGCCACAGCAUCGAGAAGAAGAUGAACAAGAUCGUGCCACCCGAGCGUCGCGAGAAGAUCAGGAAGAGCUUCACACCCAACCACCCCAAGAGCCCCACCGCCAAGAGCUCCUCGUUCCAUGUCACGCCUAUGACCUUCAAUGUCAAGAAGGUGCGCGAAGGGGCCCACGUGGAUGUGCCGUCGCUGGGGGGACCAGACGGGGAGCUGCCCCUGGCGGAGGUGCACCACCUCGACGAGAAGGAGCCGCCCCUCCUGAGCGCCUCCACCACUGGCAGUGUGGAGGGUGGGCUGUCCGCCAGCGGAGAGGUCGACGCUGAGGUUGCUGAGGUCGCUGAGGUCACCGUGGCCACCGCAACACUGGCCGAGGAAGAGGUUUUGUCAGAUCACAAAGAUGAGGAUGAUGAUGAUGAUGAUGACAAUGAUGAUGACAAUGACGAAGAGGAGGAGAGAGUGAGCCCGGUGGCAUCGGCCACAAGCCCUGUGAACACAGCAGUGGCCGUAGAACAAGCAUCUUAAAUAUGUCCCUAGUCUUAGGGUUAACCCUCUACACUGCUUUCCCCACUAGGUUAGUCUAAAUACACUUUACUCACUCUGACAUGGGAAAAGAAUUUAUAUAAAGCAAUAAAUUAGCUGUCGUCAUGUCCCAUGGAUAUCCAGUAACAUUCACCUCUUCCUGCUUCAACCAUAAGCAACAAAUAACACUUCAACAACAGCAACAAGAAAAAAUCUCUUCUCUUUCUUUUGUACCAGAUACAACAGACUUGUUUGCCUCUGCCCAGUAAUGUUGAGGUGGGUUAUUCAGAAUGCUGUUGGAGUCUUCAUUGCCCAUCCCCCACCCUCAGGAAGGACUUGAAAAAAAAAGCACUCAUCAGAAACAAACAAAACAACAGGGACACAUCUCGGUCCCCUCUCUGAGAUUAGAAUCACUGAUCAAAGGGCUCCUGACUUUGAGAUCACACACAGAUAGAAUUGCAUUCCCUUUCCCCUUGAAAAUACAGAUGGUACAGUCCAUACAAAAGUACAACUACACAUAAAUGAAAGGUCUGCACUCACAGAAAGUGCUUGUAGAUAGAUGGGAUCUUUUUUUUUCUUCUUUUUUUUGCUACUGUGGGAGACAUGUUUACACCCUUACUAAGAGGAAAGCAAAGUUGCCAGAGGUCUCUACGGUAACCAGCCAUUCCGCCAACAAUGCACCAAUUACAGCUUCCUUAAUCAUGUGGGUGCACACCCACAAACCGUGAUGGUCUAUGGACAUAUUUACUAUUCUCCCAACACACACACACACACAGUUAUACAGUCAGAGUAUAAACCCUCAUAUUUACACACACAUUUAAGCACUUGCUGUACACAUGGACACAGUAGUUAAGAGGAGGUUAAAAUGGUGUUAAGCUGACAUUUUGCAGAGGUCUACACAUUUGCUGAGUAACUGAGUAAAAGGCCUCUGGACACAUUUUUGGAAUUUCAGUCAAGCCAUAAUGGAGAAUGUCCCAACUUGUCAGCAAGCUGCUCUCUGAGAAGAUUAUUUUUCCCAACUCUAUGCACCAUGUGAAGUCACAUCCUUAUGUGUCACCAGCAAUGACACAGUCCUCAGCGACACCUGUUUUCUUAGCACCGAUGUCUGAAUGAACUAUCUGGGCCCUCCGUGGACGGGUACACACACACACACACACACACACACACACACACACACACACACACACACACAGAAGACACUGGGAGAGAACCAAAGAGGAGCAUUCUUCUUCUUGACUGAUUGCUUGGCACCAGUCCAUGUUUCCACCCCGAGAGGGUGGUGGAGGAGGAGCAGGAGGAGCAGGAGGAGAAGGGGGCGAAGGCUGUCGAGGAUGGCGGGAUUGAUAGCAUAGUUUCCACCGAGAGGUUGGGUAUGGAAGCCCCUCUCGGCCCACAGGUGUGCUGCCCCUGGGCUGUUCUCCUGAAUGGCAAAUUAACCAGAGCGAGAGAGAGUGAGAUGAGGUGGAAAUGGAAGAGAAUUGUGUGUGUGUGUGGGGCGGGGUCACAGAUACGACUGGUGUACUGUGUGUAUGUGCAUGGAUAUAUGCAUUUGGCCGAUGUGCUGGAUAACUUGCAGCCAGACACUAAAAACACAAUGUUCGAUGUUAUUCAAAUUGUUCAUGCCAUCUUGACAUGUCUUUUGUGCAAUUCAUUCUCAUGAGACUUCAAAUUCAAGAUGUAUGCAUGUUGCCUUAGUUCUCCCCUUAAAAACUGUGAAAUCCCAAUUCAUAAAUCUUACCAGUAGACACAACGAGCCUUGAACCACAGAGGGAUCAGCUUCUUCCAGAGUUUGAAGAUCAACGAAGGACAGAGUAAAGUGUGGUGUUGAACUGAAAUUUCUAACGCUCAAUUUUACAUUGUCUGCAUAUUUUUUUUUUACAUAUUUUGUCAAAUACGCUAUGAAUGGCAUGAACUUAAUGCGGAUAUGGCUGUAGGCCAACACUGAAACUGUACAAUACUAUUGCCGUAUUCUAAACAUGACUGGAAUGAGGCUUUUGUGUCCAUGAUGAGGGGUGUGUUUCACCAUUGGGGGACAGGUUAAGGAGACAUUCAAUGGGAUUGUUUUUUUUUUGUUUUUGAAGAGGAGAGUGAAACAAAUAUGAGAAAUAUAUAUAUAUACCUUUAGGGGAGUUUGUGCCUAUUAGAAUAUAGUACAAAUUGAGUGGGUUUUGCAUUCUUGUUAUUGGACAUUUGUCACGAAUAAGUCUUUUUUUUUUCUGUAAAUGCUCUUGGCUGAAAUGUAAAAAGGGAUUAGGUAUGUCCUUUAUGUGUUCCAAAAGGGCAGGUAUAUGAAUUUGACCAGAGUAGACAUCACAUUACCCAUGGCUAUAUUAGAUACAAAAUGUUGAAAACGUUUCCAUUUGUAAGAAAUACUCUCAAUAUCCUUGGUAACAAUUCACAGAAAGUUUUGUAUUCACUGAUGCCAAAGCCUCCUUCUUUCUGGCAAAACAACUCAUAUUCACAUUAACUGUGAUAUGCUAUGUCAAUGUAUAGGAUUUAUGGUUAACCUGCUGGUCUUUUCUGAUAGCCAUAGCAGAAUUUAAAUAAAGAACUUGUAACAGCA